CUUGGCAGGGCAGGGCGUAAGCGAGAGAAAAAGAGAACAGCAGCGCAAACGACAUAGGCUUGAGUGAGGACAAAAAAUAGCCUGGGAAGAAGUAGAUGUGAGAAAGACUCUACAGCAGGGAACACAACCACACGUACUGCCUGGGAUUUUAGAAUAGUUGCAGGGGGGAUCAUGGCCUCUCUGCUGUUGGGAUCUAUCUGUGUUCUCUACAUCUUGUCAGCACUCACGCAUGCAGCUUCCUCGCAACAGUUUAACACAGUCUACAGGGUAUGUGCUCGAGGAUUCUUCCUGAGUGAACAGGAAACCUGUCUCCCCUGUAACUGUAAAGGCCAUGCUGAAAGCUGUGAGGAUAUCACUGGGAUAUGCAUUGAAUGUCAAGAUCACACGGUUGGAGAUUUCUGCGAGCACUGUGUAGAUGGAUUUUUACCUGUGUUUCUUCCUGAUGGCACCUUCAUGUGUAGACCAUGUGCCUGCCCGCUAUCAUUGGAGUCUAACAACUUUGCAGCUCACUGUGAUAAGAGGGGUAAUUUUCUGAGAUGUGUGUGCCAGGAGGGAUAUGCUGGACACUACUGCGAGAGAUGUGCUCCUGGUUAUUAUGGCAAUCCCAUGGAGGUGGGCAAUUCCUGCAAAAAGUGUGAUUGUAAUGGCAACUCAGACCCGAACCUUAUCUUCAAUGAGUGCAAUAAUAUGACGGGCCAGUGCCUAAACUGCUGGGCUAACACCACUGGUGACAACUGUGAAAGAUGUGCUCCGGGUUUCUAUGGUGAUGCCAUCAGUGCUAAAGACUGUCGGGAGUGUCAGUGUGAUAAGUGUGGUACUGCAUCAUGUGAUGACAGGACAGGUGUGUGUCACUGUAAGCCCGGGGUCACAGGUCACCUAUGUGACAGGUGUGAGGAGGGUUAUUCCGGAUUUAGCAGCUGUAUGGGUUGCCGUCGGUGUGAAUGUGCUUCUGCUGCCCUGCGUGCCACCUGCCACCCUCUUACACACAGCUGCCAGUGCCACUCAGGGGCUGGAGGCCGGUACUGCGAGCGCUGCCUGCCAGGAUUCUGGGAUUACAGCCCAAACGGCUGCAGGAAAUGUGAUUGUCCAGAGGAGAAUUGUGACAUGCACACAGGAGAGUGUCUUCCUGAGGCCUCGCAAAUCAGCGAGUGUAAUAUUAACUGUGAUGCAUGUAUUUGGAAUCUGAUCGGAGAUAUUCGUCAGUCCAACAAAACUCUGGACCAAGUGAGGAAUAGCGUGCUGAACAUUUCUACAGGAGCUGCUGCCAAUGACAGAUUAAAAUACUACAACUACACUGCACACAGACUACAGGCUCAGUUUUUAGGUUGGAGAAAUAAGUAUGCCAUGAUGAGAGAAGAUACGGGGCACCUAGAGGAAGAAACACAAAAACUGCUUACUGACAUGGAACUGCUCGCAGGAGAGGAGGAAGAAGUGCAGUCAUUGGGAGAGCGGGUGGAUCAAGAGACACUUGACAGCUCCAUGUUAGGAAAUACACUUAUUGCUAACUUCUCAUCACUCAAUGUUCUCAUAGAAGAUAUGGUCAGGGAUUGGGAAUUAUACGGUGUCCAUCAGGAGUUAGAUCCUCAGGUAAAGUUGCAAAAAUUAGCAGAAGCUGAACGGAUCUUAGGCUGGAUGAGAAAUCUGGACCUCUCACCCAAAGAACCGCUUGCUACUGAUGAGUCUUCCGAGGCCCAUGAAUUGCUCCGGCGCGUGCGCCAUUUUGAGAAAACUCUGAUGACUACACAGGGGCGCCUGUUGUCUAUGCGGGAAGUGCUGGGUCGAUUCACUUUCAGACUCUUUCAAGCUCAGGAUCUCCUCAACAAAGCUGAAGACACACUGCAGCAGACACUAGACAAAUACAAGACCAACCAGCUCAAACUACAGAGGAGAGAGGCACAGCAGCAGCGUCUAAAAGACAUCUAUGACAGUGUCAAUCAAACUAUUGUUACGGCUGGUGUAAUUGUCUCUGAGGCAAACCUGACUGUCCUUGAGGUGGAAGAUAUGAUCAUGAAUGUGAGAGAACAGCAUGCAGAAAUCGAUGGAGCUCAUGUGUCACUGGAGAGAAAAACAGAGAAAAUGUCUCAGUCAGACAGAGAACUAGUUCUGAGAGCCGAGGAUCAUGCUGAUGAUCUGCGAAGACAUGCUGAAGAACUUCAGUAUAAUCUGAAAGGAAGCGAUGCAAAUGGACACGUGCAGAAAGCCCUGAAUGCCUUAAAUGUGUAUGACAAUAUAGUCAAAAACAUAGAUGACGCUAACAUCACUGGCCUGACCACUCUCAACAUCUCCAGCAGUACUCAUGACGCUGUUGACGGAUUAAACUCUCAACUGAACCUCAUGCGCUCUCAGAGUGACAAUGUGUACACAGAGGCCUCAUCCCUGUACUUUCAGCAGGCAGACAUUGAAUCCACAGUCCUUGACAAUAAGAAAUACAUCGAAGAGACUAAUGAGAUGAUGGAUAGCUCCUCUAAAAAAAUAGCCAAGAUCAUCAGUGACAUCAGUGCAAUUCAUAAAGAUCGGACUCCGAAACGUCUGCAGUUCACUCAGGAAGUGGCUGAGGGCACUCUGAACCGCUCUGCUGAAGUGUUACAGAUAGUGACACCCAUCUUAAAGAGAGUGGAGGAGUGGGAUGGCAACAUGAAAAAUGAGGCAUAUUCUGCCGAAGCAUUUGACCGCACUGUUCUGUCUGCCGGCGAGGCUGUUGAGGACUUGUCAGAGAUUGUGCCAGAGCUACUCAAUAAGCUGCGUGUGGUUGAAGAGAAAAAACCUGUGAAUAAUGUCUCCACAAACAUCAUGAAAAUUAGAGAACUCAUCGCACAGGCCCGUAGUGUCGCGAAGAAGGUUCAAGUGUCCAUGAAGUUUAACGGCCAGUCUGCCGUAGAGGUUCAUCCCCACUCCAACCUAGACGAGCUAAAGGCGGUCACGUCCAUCAGUUUCUACAUCAGAGUGGACCCAGACAAAGACCCAAUUGAAGAUCGGUUCCUACUGUACCUCGGAGACAAGCAAGGACGUAAGGACUACAUGGGACUGGCCAUAAAGAACGAUAAUCUGGUUUAUGUGUACAAUCUGGGAGGAGAGGACGUAGAGAUUCCACUCAGUUCAAAGCCGGUCAGCUCCUGGCCUCCUGUCUUCAAUCUUGUUAAAGUGGAGAGGUUGGGUCGCCAUGGUAAAGUGUUCCUGACAGUUCCGAGUCAAGACACCGCAGCAGAGCAGAAGUUUAUCCAGAAAGGAGAGGCGGAUGGGACAGACUCCCUGUUUGACCUUGACCCUAAAGACAAUAUUUUGAUUGUGGGAGGAGUGCCUCCUGAUGUGAAGAUUCCUCCAGCUUUGAGCUUGGCUCCUUUUGUUGGUUGCAUUGAGUUAGAGACUUUGAAUAGUGAUGUCAUCAGUCUGUACAACUUUAAGCAACUUCACAAAAUGGAUGUUGCAGCAUCGAUGCCUUGUCCCAGGCAUAAGUUGGCUUUCUCUCAGAGUCGCGUGACAAGUUAUUUGUUUGAUGGCAGCGGCUUCGCUUUAGUCAACAACAUUGAGAGAAGAGGCAAAAUUGGCAUUGUUACUCGGUUUGAUAUCGAAGUUCGUACUGUUGCCAACAACGGCAUUCUAUUCCUCAUGGUUAAUGAGACAAAUUUUUUCGUGCUGGAGCUGAAAAAUGGGUUUCUCCGUCUGAUGUACGAUUUUGGUUUUACUAAUGGUCCUGUCAUCAUGGAGAGUAACUUGGCCAAACUCCAUAUCAACGAUGCUCGAUAUCAUGAGGUGUCUGUGAUAUAUCAUCACUCUAAGAAGAUCAUUCUGCUAGUGGACAGAAGCCAUGUCAAGUCCAUGGAAAAUGAAAAGAAACCCUUACCAUUCUCUGAUAUCUAUAUUGGAGGAGCUCCUUCUAGAAUUCUGCUCUCGAGGCCAGAACUAUCAUCUCUGGUGGGAUUGAAGGGUUGUGUAAAGGGCUUCCAGUUCCAGAAAAAGGAUUUCAAUCUCUUGGAGGAGCAAGGAACCAUUGGUAUCAGCAGUGGCUGUCCUGAAGAAUCAUUUAUGUCUCGUAAGGCCUAUUUCAUGGGUGAUGGCUAUCUGGGCUCUACAGCUAAAAUCUCACCAUUCGAGUCUUUUGAGGGAGGACUAAACUUCAGAACUCUACAGUCUAAUGGACUCCUAUUCUACCACAAAGAUGGGUUGGAUGAGUUUUCUCUCUCAUUGGAGAAUGGUGCAGUGCUUCUCCAGUCCAAAGGAACCAGAGUCAGAUCACAUAAGAAGAAUUAUAAUGAUGGACGGCCUCAUUUCUUAGUUGCCUCAGUGACCAAUCAGAAGUAUGAACUUGUAAUUGAUGACAAAGACAAGCAGGAGAAGAAGAAGCCGUCUUCCACGCCUCAGUCAGAUAAUGUUCCAAAGACCUUCUACUAUGGAGGCUCUCCUAUGAGUUCCAUACAGAAUUUCACUGGGUGCAUCAGUUACGCAUAUAUUAGCAGGCAGGAUAGAGAUAUAGAGCCAGAAGACUUCCAACGUUACAGUGAGAAUGUGCAGGUGUCACUACAGGACUGCCCAGUGGAAAGACCCCCCGCUGCUCUGCUCAAAGACAGCAGAGACUCCUCUAGACGAAGUCCGGGACACUCCCGCAAGGUGGGCAGGGAUGAGUCAAGUCUGACACAUGGCUUGAAGAGCAAUCCUUUGGAUGUUCCAGAGACAGAGGCUGCUUCGUGUUACCUGUCCUCCCGCCCACGAGUGACCCGCCACGCUUACCACUAUGGUGGUUCAGCCCACAGCCGACAUGAGUACACAGGCGUUGCCAGUGUUAUCAGAAAUGAAUCUCACUUUUCUCUAGCUCUGAAAACUCAUUCAGCGUUCGGUCUCAUCUUCUACAUGGCUGACGAGUCUGAGGAGAACUUUAUGGCUCUGUUCCUCACUCAUGGAAGGCUGGUAUUCACUUUCAGUUCAGGCCAAAACCAUGUCAGAAUCCGAUCCAAAGAGAAGUACAGUGAUGGACAGUGGCAUGAUAUUAUCUUUAUCAGAGGUGGAAAUAUGGGCAGACUGAUAAUUGAUGGCCUUACGGUAUUAGAGGACAGAGCCCCGGGCAGAAACAUCUCACUGCUUGUCCAAGAUCCUCUCUAUGUCGGUGGGGUGCCGCCUGAUCAGGCUAAGAAAAACAUUCAGAAGACAUCUGUGUCUAGCUUUUCUGGCUGCGUGCGGAGUCUCCAGCUGAAUGGCCGCUGGCUCACCUCUGUCUCCAGCAGUUUUGGGGUCACACCCUGCUACGAAGGCCCCUCAGAACCAGGGACAUACUUCACUGAGGAGGGAGGAUAUGUGCUGCUGGAUGACUCCUUUAAUUUUGGCUCAACAUUUAAGCUGGUGAUGGAGGUGCGCCCUCGUGUGGCGUCAGGAGUGCUACUGCAUGUCUUUACUGGAGAGAAGGAAUAUCUCACCCUGUACAUCUAUCAAAGCCAGGUGGUGGUGGUGGUGAAUAAUGGUAUCCGUGAGUUCUCCACCUAUGUGUCUCCUAGACUAGAAAUCUGUGAUGGAAACUGGCACAAGAUCACAGUGAUCAGAGAUGGUACCGUGGUGCAGCUGGAUGUGGACUCAGAGGUGAAUCACAUCGUGGGGUCUGUCAGUGAACCAGCACAGAACACCAGUGCUCCAGUGUUUAUUGGAGGAGCCCCAGACUCCAUGCUGUCUCACAGUCUCCACAUCAAGAGGGGCUACACAGGCUGCAUGAGGAACGUGUCUGUGAAUGAGUCUCCUGUGAGCUUCAGUAAGGCAGCGCUGGUCACCGGUGCAGUCGGUGUGGGCACCUGUCCUGCUGCUUGAGCGACGGCCACUCUGGGUCUCCUCCACAACAGAAAUGAACCUGUGUCAUUGUCUCUAACAUGCCUCUUCAGCAACAUUUAUAGCUAUUCUAUCUCUAUAUUUCAUUAAUGACCAAUGAGCUGUAAGACAGAGCACUGUUACAAUUAUGUUAACUUGUUACCAAAGGUUCUUCAAUUGAGGUAUAUGUAAUAUCUAUAAAAACCAUGUACCUUAAACAAAUUUGCACAAAAUAUUAACAAAGCCAUAUAAGAUAUAUAUAUAUAUAUAUAUAUAUAUAUAUAUACAGUUCACAGCAUAAAUGAGUACACCCCCUCUGAACAAAUACAAAAGAUGUAUUUUCUUUAUGAUCACUAAUACAAUUCAUGGAAAGAUGAAAAAACUAAAAUGUAUUAAACAUAUACAUAAUAAAAACUGAGAAAUAUAUGUCAUUAAUAGCCAUAAAAUAAGUAAAUUAGCCAAUUUUGUUUAAAUUAAGGAUUGCAGAAAUGAGUACACCCUAGAUUUAAUUAAACAAAUGUAUAAUAUUCUAGUACUUAGUAUGCCCUCCAUAAUUUUGAAUAUACUACUCUGACCCUUCUUGGCACGGAGUGUACAAGUUCAUGACAAAUUGUCACGUCUGUCCUGUUUUAACUCCUGGAUGAUGAGCUCCUUAAAUGCCCUGAUCUUUAAUGGGGAGUGUUGCUCAACUCGUCUCUACAGAAUCCCCCACAGGCGCUCAAGAGUGUUAAGAUUGAGUGCAAUACAUGUCCACAGAAGGUUUUUCACCUUGGGAGAAUGCAUAUCUUCAAUGUCAUGUUGAAAAAAUGCCCAGCAAUGCAGGGAAUGAGGAAAGGGUAACAUCAUCUGUUUCAAGUUUAUGUAUUAAAUUACACAGUGUUGUGGGAAUUCAUGACAACAUUGAUAAAGCACAACUUCCUCACAUCUUCAGCACUCAUACAUCCCUAUAUAAGAGCUUUACUACCACUGAACUUUAUUGUGGGAAACAGGCACUUUUCACUGUACUCCUCCUCUAGCAACACCAUAACAUUUUGGAUGCUGUUAGAUCCAAAAUGAUUGAUUUGGCCUCAUGAGACCAGAGUAUUGAUUCCCAGAAUCUAUAUUUUGUAAAUAUGGGCUUUGGAAAUGGCUAACUGACUUUAUUGUGCUUUGGCUACAGUAGGUAGUUCCAGUGAGAACAACAACCAUGCAUGUCAUUUCUGCAGGCUGCAUCUUACUCUGUGAGAUAAACAGUCACUCUUUUCAUAGCUUUUACUGGCUCUGAGACACUCGCUUGGUAUUUCUCCUGCUCUUUGUCUAGCAAAAAAAAUCCCUCAUCACUAAAUGAAAGCUUAAAAUGAAGGCCUGAUUAUUUCAGGGGGCCUUUUCACAAGUCCAUUGUUUUUGAAUUUCUGUGUUACUUUUGCUAUAUUUUCACACUUAAAACAAUGAUUUGGUAAUCCUCUUGUACCACUGUCCUCUUCUGUGCUAACAAAAUAAGUCUCCUGACAGUUCUUUCCCAAGUGGUUCCAUUGUUGUCAGCAUUAAGUCUGAGAAUGAUUCAGUGGGCUAUAUAACACUUUUAAUUGUCAAGAAAUUAUUUCUCUUUAAAUGUUUUGGUUCAACAUACUUACCUAUUGAUCAAACAUUGCCUUAAACUUACACCAGAAAAUUUUUAUUUUGUUUUAUUUAGUAACUUUUAGAAGGGUGUUCUCAUUUUUGCUACACAACAUUUUAUCACCUUGAUAAAAAAUCUUAUUUUCCUGAAUAAUUUUGACAUGCUUCUUUGGUAAUUGAUUAAGCAGACUUGCUGGAACAUUAUAUCUCUAAAGAACCCUAACAUGUCUUCUAAGUAACUGAGUAAUUGCUGACUUUCAGAAGUUUCAGAGAGGGUGUACUCAUUUAUGCUGUGCACUGUAUAUAGUCAUGAUAUUGUCUUGACAUAACAGAUAAAUAAAGUCCUUCACUCACUGCA